GCGCGCAUGGUAAGUGUCGCCUCGUAUAUACCUUGGUGUGUAUCCCCCUCCUGGGGGGGUAUAUACCGUGUCUGGUAUACCUGCUGGGUACUGCUGCAACCCUCAAGCAUGGCUGGUCUUGAUCCAAGGCGGGGGAGCUAGUUCUAUAUUACUACUGACAACUAACUGUAGAGGAAGCUCAAAAAGCAGAAAUUCUUCAGAAAGCCUCCAAACUUACUGAAGAGGCCACUAAACAAGCACAGAAAGUUGGCCAGACAAUCUCCCAGAAGAGUGAGGAACUUAGCAAAACACAGACUUACAAAACUAUCUCGGACACAGCUAAGGCAGUCAAAGAAGAAAUUGAUCAUUCCACUUUUGGCGGAGCCGGAGCGAGAGUCUACAGAGCUCCAGUCACCUUACGUAAGCGAGUGGAACGAGAUCCAGAAGCUGAAAAAAGAAUUAUUCAGGCCAAUACUGAGGCAAGAGGUGUAACGCUUCACAAGGAUUCCCAGUUCGCUCAAAGUUGGCAAAACUUCCGAGACAAUAAUGCUUACAUUAACCGACUACUGGUGUGGAAAACUAAGUUAGACGAGAGUGAUAAUCCCAUUGUACGAGCCUCCGCUCUCGUCAAGGAUAAGGUCACUGAAUUAUUUGGGGGAGUCUUCCAGCGCACAGAAUUAUCUGAAGCCCUCACUGAAAUCUGUAAAAUGGACCCAACCUUUGACAAGGAGAAAUUCCUGCUAGAAUGUGAAUACGACAUGAUUCCUAAUGUUUUGGAAGCCAUGAUCCGACCAGAUUUAGAGAUCCUGCGAGACUGGUGCUACGAGAGAGCGUAUUCAGUGAUUGCAACACCGGUCAAACAAGCCUUUCAACUAGGAUUUACCUUCGAUUCUAAGGUAUUAGAUGUGGAUAAUGUUGACCUGGUUAUGGGUAAAGUGAUGGAGGAAGGUCCUGUGUUGGCUGUAGCUUUUCAAGCCCAACAGAUAAUGUGUCUUCGUAAUAACAAGCAAGAGGACAACAACUUGAUGCUUGAUCCAAGAAGAUGGUUCUAUCUUACCGUCUUCAAGGAUGACAACUUGAUGCUUGAUCCAAGAAGAUGGUUCUAUCUUACCGUCUUCAAGGACGACAACUUGAUGUUUGAUCCAAGAAGAUGGUUCUAUCUUACCGUCUUCAAGGACGACAACUUGAUGCUUGAUCCAAGAAGAUGGUUCUAUCUUACCGUCUUCAAGGACGACAACUUGAUGCUUGAUCCAAGAAGAUGGUUCUAUCUUACCGUUUUUAGGAUCUAACUUAUGACCUAUUUCCCCAAUACUGUAUGGCCAACACCGAUGUUGUAUUUCGUCACAAUAUUAAGUCAGUUUGUUUUGCCAACAGAAAGUAAUAAUUCAGUACAAAU